AUGGAUGCUAGUAGCUCAAGUGAUGGUUUAAGUCGUGAAAUUCGUCAUGUAACAGUAAUGGUUGAUCAGUUAGUCAAAACAUCAGUUUGUUCUCUUAAAAAAAUUGGAGGGUUGCAAUCAAUAAUGCUCGAUGGCAGAGAUGAUGAUGGAAAUGUCACAAAUAAGAUUUUGAGUGCCUUUAAGUAUCUUCCGUCUUUACGUGUCCUUGAAGUAAGAUGUUGUGUGCAAUAUGAAGAUUUGCGUUACGUGGGAUAUCUAAAACAUCUUAGAUACUUAUACAUUUCCUAUAGUCAGACAACAUUGCCUGAUAGUAUUUGUGAUCUCUUGAACUUAGAGACUCUGAAACUCAAUAAUUGUCCUAAACUUGAAAGUUUGCCUAUAAAUAUGAGGGACCUUGCAAGAAGGAGAGAUUGUCAACUAGAUGAAUUAAGAGAAUUGAAUAUCCGCGGCAGAUCAUUGAAAAUUAAGAACCUUGGAAGAGUUAGUGAUGCAUCUAUUUCAAGAGGAAUAAGUAUGGCUAAAAUGUCGAGUAUCAAUAAACUGGAGUUGGAAUGGAGAUCUGAUGAAGAUGACGAAGUUGAUGAUAAUCAUACCAAGACUAGACAUGAGAAAAUAAGUAUAGCUCUAGAGGUUUCAACUGCCAGGAUGAAGAAAUUAAGAAUGAUUGGUUACAAAGGUUUGAAUCCCCCUGAAUGGGUGGGAAACUCAUCUCCUUCUCCAACACAUUUUAAAAGUAAUUAUAGUAGUGCUAUUAGCAAUGACAAUGAAAUGAUAGUACUAUUCCCUUUGCUAGAGGAAUUGGAGAUUUUUGACAUGAUGAAUUUGAGAAAACUGGUGUCACCCUAUUGGAGUACUGGAGCAUUCCCUAAACUAUGCACGCUAAAGAUAUCUGAUUGCCCAAAGCUAGGGAGGUUGCCGCCAGAUCUGAAAGCACUCAAAGAUGUAAGUAUUGAAGGUGAAUGCUCGGAUGAAUUGUUAUAUAGCAUUUUGAAUCUUAAGGGUCUCACUUAUCUCGAACUUGGUGCAUUGAAUAAUGAUGUGGAGCACAUAUUCACCGUCAAUAACAAGAAUGGAAUUGAAGCAGUGUCAUUCCCUUUCUUAAAGGUACUUACUAUUCGUAACAUGAAUAAUUUGAGAGCAUUGGUGUCUCCUACUAUUCCUAGUUCCAGAGCAUUCCCUAAUGUAUGGAAGAUUCUGAUAUUUGAUUGCCCAAACCUACAGUCCUUGCCACCGCAUCUCAAACAUAAGAAGCAUACAAUUUUAUGGCACUCCUACGUUCCCUUCGAGCAAGACUUGGUCGUCAGAAGUUUGACUAUCAGUGAUUGUCCUAAGCUGGUGUCUUCAGAUGAAGCAGACGAUGUAUUGGAACUUCUACAUUACCUUGGAGCAAGACUUGGUCCUAAGAACUUCUAUAAUUACGUUGACGAAGAAACUCAAGACCUCGAGACUAUAAUCAAUCGAUGUGGCUAUCGUAAUAAGAUGGAUAUUGACAAUCUAAUGAACUACUCAAGUGAUAAUGAAACAUGUUCGGAGGUUCAGAGUUUAUCUGAUAUUGUGGGUACUAUGAUUGAUAACAAUACAGAGGAUGACGGCGAAGAUGAUACGAUGUCUUUGGAGCCUAUUAAGUGA